AUGACUCGAUCCACGCCAGUUACUGUUAAUCCCAUCAACCUGGUCCUGGACCUCGGAGGGGUACUAUUCCAUCCACAGUUUGGUCAGGUGAAGCUAGCCACCCACGCAUCUCCUAUAUCGGUGAAAAGGCUAGUUUCUACAUCGACGUGGAUGGCCUAUGAGUGUGGAAAGCUCUCGGAGAAAGAGUGUUACCAACAACUAGCGGAUCAAUAUGGCUUCCAAGCAGAUGAUCUUGCGAUAGCCAUAACAAAAGGCCGUGCGGUUGCUGAUUAUGACAGAAAUCUAGUGGCAAGUCUUCGCGACUUUAAAAACGCCAUGGCUGGCAAGGUGGUGUUCAUACUCGCAUCGAACAUUUCCAGCCCUGAUUACAUCGCUCUUCAGGAGCUGUGGGGGAAGGAUUUCUGGUCCCUUUUUGACCACUGCUUUCCCUCUUCCACAGUAGGCACUCGCAAGCCAAGUAUGCGGUUCUACCGCCACAUUCUGGGAGCCAGUGGUGCUGUACCGGAAGACACCAUUUUCGUGGAUGAUCGGCCGGAAAAUGUACUAGCGGCUUCUGCUAUGGGAGUCAAGGGGAUUGUAUUUACUGAUGGAGAGGAUCUCCUGCGGAGUCUCAUGAACAUGACCGGUGAUCCGGUAGAGCGAGGCCAGACAUUCCUCCAGGCCAAAGCUGGCCAGCACUGCUCGAUCACAGAUCGAGGAGAGCAGGUAAAAGAAAACUAUUCUCAGCUUUUGAUGCUGGAUAUCACGGGUGAUAGCGGAAUUAAUGAGAUUGUCUUGGCCAGCUCACUGGUGUCAUUGAAUCGUCCUCCAAGGUUCUGGAACUUCUUUGCUGGCGCUCCAAAGUUCACUACAGACACCUACCCGGAUGACCUUGAUACUACCUCUUUGGCAUUGGCAUCAAUGCCCUACGAAGCCUCGGUGGUGCAUUCCAUACUAGAUGAAAUGCUGAAUAGUGUUGACGAGGAUGGCUUGCUUAAGUUUUACCUCGACGACUCGCGCCCUCGGGUUGACGCAGUCAUUUGCCUCAACAUUCUCACACUUUUCUGCAUCUACAAAAGAGGCUACCAGCUGCCAGAAACUCUGAGCUGGAUCUACGAUAUUUUGCUUAAUCGGGCCUAUAUGCAUGGCACUCGAUACUACACUACUCCGGAGUGGUUCUUGUAUUACAUGAGUCGACUCCUCUCUCGAACGAAUGAUCCUAUCUUGAGGGACCGAUUUGAGAACCUUCUCCGAACGCGAAUUAUGGAGCGGAUCGGUGCCGAAGGUGAUGCACUGUGUUUGGCCAUGCGUCUGAAUGCAUGCAAUUUGCUUGGGAUCUCAAAUCGCCCUGACUUUGAUACUUUGACUGCUGCUCAGUGCAGGGAUGGAGGCUGGGGGGCUUCGUUGAUGUAUAUCAUUCCGGGGUCUAGUAGGAAACUCGGAAACAGAGGCUUGACGACGGCAUUCGCAGUCAAGGCACUCCAGGGUGCCGUUGACAGACUGAACUAA